UUUCCUAAAUUCCCCAGAUCCUAGAAAUCCAGCCCUUCUGCCCUCCGGAGGCGCCUUUCCCAACGUAAAGUACAAUUUUAAAUUUCAGCUCCUGACUAAAAUCAUGAUCCGCAGUCAACUGCUAGAGAAUCUGGGCACCUCGGUGCCUCUGGAGCGUGCAGCGGGUGUGGGCAAGGGCAGGGGGAGUGGGCGAAGCUGCUGGUUGGUGCCUGAAAUCUGUGCGUUGCCCCUUUAAUUGUGUCCCCAGCCCUCGGGCGUUUCUGUCCAACGCCCACGUCAGCAAAUACCUUUUGUUUCUCUCACGUUGGGGCUACUUGUUUUAGGGCGCAAAGGAACGGCCUCGAAAGGGGGUCCUUCCCCGGCCGAGAACCAGGAAUCUUCCCCCGGCCCGCGCGCGCGACCGGCCGGUGCGCCGCGGCCCGCGGGCAAUCCUUCAAACACAGUGUUUGACUUAGAAUCUUCCCUUUUUCACUCCAUUCAAGAGCAACAUUCAUAAAUUACCAGAAUGGAGAUCUCCUCUCAUCAGUCUCACCUUCUGCAGCAACUGAACGAACAGCGCAGGCAAGAUGUAUUUUGUGACUGCAGUAUUCUAGUUGAAGGGAAGGUCUUCAAAGCGCAUCGAAAUGUAUUAUUUGCUAGUAGUGGCUACUUUAAAAUGCUUCUUUCUCAGAAUUCAAAGGAGACAAGUCAGCCAACCACAGCUACAUUUCAGGCUUUCUCCCCUGACACCUUUACAGUUAUCCUGGACUUUGUAUAUUCUGGCAAACUGUCUCUUACUGGUCAGAAUGUCAUAGAAGUGAUGUCAGCUGCUAGCUUCCUGCAGAUGACUGAUGUCAUAAGUGUAUGUAAGACUUUUAUUAAAUCUUCCUUAGACAUUAGUGAGAAAGAAAAAGAUCGCUAUUUCAGUCUCUCAGAUAAAGAUGCCAAUUCUAAUGGUGUAGAACGCUCCUCUUUUUAUAGUGGUGGCUGGCAAGAAGGAAGCAGUUCUCCACAUUCUCACCUAAGCCCAGAGCAAGGAACAGGUAUAAUAAGUGGAAAAUCCUGGAGUAAGUAUAAUUAUCAUUCAACCUCCCAGAGGAAUACUCAACAACCCUUGGCCAAGCAUGAACCAAAGAAAGAGUCCAUUAAAAAGACCAAACAUUUGAGAUUGUCACAGCCUUCUGAAGUUACUCAUUAUAAGUCAAACAAACGAGAAGCACGCACAUCCGAUUCUUCCAGCCAUGUUUCCCAGUCUGAAGAACAAGCACCAAUUGAUGCUGAAAUGGACUCUACUGCUGUUGGCUAUCAGUACGGUCAAGGAUCUGAUGUCACAUCCAAAAGUUUUCCAGGUGAUCUGCCCCGGAUGCGAUUCAAGUGCCCAUACUGCACACACGUGGUAAAGCGGAAGGCAGACCUAAAGCGCCACCUUCGUUGUCAUACGGGAGAAAGGCCCUAUCCAUGUCAAGCUUGCGGAAAAAGAUUUAGCAGGCUAGACCAUCUAAGUAGCCAUUUUCGAACAAUUCACCAGGCAUGUAAACUCAUCUGCAGAAAAUGUAAACGUCAUGUGACAGAUCUAACAGGGCAAGUGGUACAGGAGGGAACCAGGCGCUACAGACUGUGUAAUGAGUGUCUUGCAGAAUUUGGCAUUGACAGCCUCCCCAUUGACUUGGAAGCUGAACAACAUCUUAUGUCCCCAUCAGAUGGAGAUAAGGAUUCCAGAUGGCACUUGAGUGAAGAUGAGAAUAGAUCCUAUGUGGAGAUUGUAGAAGAUGGGUCUGCUGAUCUGGUCAUCCAACAGGUAGAUGACAGUGAAGAAGAAGACGAAAAAGAAAUUAAGCCCAACAUUAGGUAGCUGUCAUGUGAACCAACAGAGCUGGCAUGUCUGCAAUUUACAUUGGCUUCCUCUCUCUAUGGUCAGAAUCUAGUUAACAAAUUUAUCAUAGUGACUUUAAAGAAAUGACCUGAUAUAACUUGCAUGCUUUCUGAACAGGCCAUUGUAUCCAUUCUGAACUUUGUUGCCCUAAAAUGUGUUGCUGCACUGGAAAGAAAGAACUAGCUUGAGUUGGCAUGUUGAAUGAACAAUUAUCCGCUGACUUUCAUUACAGUCCUCUUACUUUAUUACAGAGAUCCCCUUUUCUUUUAAUAUUGGAAGAUCUACUUAGCACAUUUUUUCAAAGAAAUACUUUCAAUAAAUUCACCACAAUCAAACUUUAUGUAAAACAAUUUCAGGAUGUUUCAAAACCACAUAUACUACCAAUGUUGAAUUUCACAGGGAACCAGUUAAGAGUACAUUUAAGUAUCUGGCAACCCACCUGACUAAAGAAAUUAGUCUUUCUAUUAA